CGGGGCGAGGGUUCCCGUGGGUGGAGGAGCCGGGAGGCGGGAGGCGGGAGGCGGGAGGCGCCGGGGCCGUUUAAGCGGCCUCCCUCCCGCCCCCAGCCACCCGGUCUGGCACUGGCCCUGUCCCGACCCCCGGCCUGGCCCGCUCGGGCCUUGCCCCGCCGAGCAGUCCGCCGGGCACGCGGGCGGCCUCCGGAGGAACCCAAGCCCAUGAGGGCCGCGCGCCCAGCCACCGGCGCAGACGAGACGGAGCUCCCGGCCCCCCAGGAGGAGCGGAGGUUCAAUGCGGUUCAAGAAUCGAUUCCAGAGGUUCAUGAACCAUCGGGCCCCGGCCAAUGGCCGCUACAAACCGACUUGUUACGAACAUGCUGCUAACUGCUACACACACGCCUUCCUCAUCGUGCCGGCCAUCGUGGGCAGCGCCCUGCUCCAUCGGCUGUCUGAUGACUGCUGGGAAAAGAUAACCGCCUGGAUUUACGGGAUGGGCCUCUGUGCCCUCUUCAUCGUUUCCACAGUAUUUCACAUUGUAUCAUGGAAAAAGAGCCACUUAAGGACAGUCGAACAUUGUUUUCACAUGUGUGAUAGAAUGGUUAUCUACUUCUUCAUUGCUGCUUCUUAUGCUCCAUGGUUAAAUCUCCGUGAACUUGGACCCCUGGCAUCUCAUAUGCGUUGGUUUAUCUGGCUCAUGGCAGCUGGAGGAACCAUUUAUGUAUUUCUCUACCAUGAAAAGUAUAAGGUGGUUGAGCUCUUUUUCUAUCUCACAAUGGGGUUUUCUCCAGCCUUGGUGGUGACAUCAAUGAAUAACACCGAUGGACUUCAUGAACUUGCCUGUGGGGGCUUGAUUUACUGCCUGGGAGUUGUAUUCUUCAAGAGUGAUGGCAUCAUUCCAUUCGCCCAUGCCAUCUGGCACCUGUUUGUGGCCACGGCAGCUGCAGUGCAUUACUACGCCAUUUGGAAAUAUCUUUACCGAAGUCCGAAAGACUUCAUGCGACAUUUAUGACCAAUCUGUACUAGGUCUCCAAACCAGUAUUAUUUCAUUUAUACUUGGGAGUGAGGUAGGAGCUGAGAAUUGCACAGAGAAAAAAAAAAAAGAAGACAACUGCACUGACUUUCUUUGUUCUUUGAAAUAUAAUUACUGUGAAAGUAUAAAAGCUGUGUUCUGGAAUGUUCCCCCUCACAGCAAGUAAAUAAGGUAGUAAGUUAAUUAUUCAUUCCAUUCCACUAUCAUGAAGGACUCUGGAUAGACUUGGCCAACUGAUGUUUACAAACCAGAAUUUUGUAUUUUAAUUUUACAGAUUUUACUACAUGAUUUUUCUAAAUUACUAGGUCAGGUUGCAAAAGUCAGUGCAAUAUCGAAGCUUCCUUUUUAAGACAAAAUUGUUUCUAUCACUUUCCCACUAGCUGUGUGAAUAAUCACGGACAGAAGUUACACUACUUUUACCAUGUUUCAUCUUGGCCUAAUAACAUGGUUAUUUUUUAAAUAGAAACUUUCAUUUUUUGUAAAUUUUUGAAGACUAUUUCAUUGAAGCGUAUCUCUGUAGCUCCUCAUUCACAUGAAUUUUUGCAGCAGGCUGUCAACAUUCCACAAAUCAACAAACAUUAUACCUCUUAGGACAGUUUUAUUAAGCAUGGAGAAAUUGCCAGUUUUUUAAAAAAAUGCAGUUUUCCAAACUUUCCUGCCAACUUCUGACUGAAUUCCAUGCUGCUUUGGGCCAUAUACCUGACCUAGUUGGGUUUACCACUGAUGGAAAAGUAUUUUGAUAUCAUUCACUUUUUCAAAAGAUUCAACUUUUCCUCUAUGCCUUUGCCACGUUUUCUUCAGGGUCCCUUUCAACAGCAGAUGAGUGUUCAUGUCUGUGUCAGGAUGGCAUUGCUGUGUUGGCCAUCCCCUGAAAACCCCCGAAGACCAUUACAAAUUACAGUGAUGAGUAGUAUUGCCUAUUUGGCGCCCGAUGGUUAAGUCAUUGUCACUUAGCUUUGUAUUACCAGUUUUGACAUUCAUUAUCAGUUGUGGACUUAGAUGCCUAAAUACUCAUUUCUACCUUUCCUCUGUAUCUCCCACUAUACUUUUUUAUUUUCCAUAGAAAAAUUAUUUAAAGCAUUGUUGGAGAGAGAGAAACUCAUGUCUGUUGUCCAUGGGUCACAUCCUUACUCAGUGGAGUGGUAUUUAAUAUAUUAUUUUUGGUUUUCCCUCAGUGUCUUAUAUUAAGAUUAACGUAUUAGUUGCUUUGUUGAUGAAUCUCCUGUUGGUGUUUUAAUACAUGAGAUAACCUUGCCUUUAGGUGCUGAUAUUGACUGUUUUCUAGCAAUGGGUUUGAUUUGACAAUAAUACGUAGGUUUACUCACUGAAAUUUUGUACUGAUGUGGCUUUAAAGUGGUUUGUUUUGUGCGUGUGUCUUUAGAACUCGCUGAUUUGGAUGAGUUGUAUGGGAAUGAGGAACAGAAGAACUGAUAUUUGCUGGUGAAUUCUUAAAUUAGGCAAGGUACCCAGUGAUAACACCAACGAGACCACCCCUCUCUGCAUGACUCUGAACAUCUGCAUGCCUGUUGUUUUAUUGUGUGUAUUUUAUUUUUAAUAUAUUAACUUUUGUGGAUUCAUUUAAAGUCCAUUUAAAAGUAACACUGUCAAAACCACUAAGAUGUAUGUAAAAACUUGUGCUGUACACUAGAAUAAAAUUGUUUCUUGGUUU